AUGCCAAAGAGAGGAGCAGGAGGAAGACAGGGAAACAAGUUCAGAGUGACGUGCGGUUUGAACAACGCUUCUACCGUUAACUGCGCUGACAACACCGGAGCCAAAACAUUGACUAUCAUCUCCGUCAAGGGCUUCCACGGCAGACUGAAUCGACUCCCAAGAGCUGGAUGUGGCGAUAUGGUUGUUGCGACAUGCAAAAAAGGUAAACCAGAGUACAGAAAGAAGGUCCACACCGCAGUCAUCAUUAGACAAAGAAGAACUUGGAGAAGAAAGGACGGAACCACUUUGUACUUCGAAGACAACGCCGCUGUCAUCGUCAACUUGAAGGGUGAAAUGAAAGGCUCCGCCAUCACCGGCCCAGUCUCUAAGGAAUGCGCCGAUUUGUGGCCAAAGAUUUCUUCUAACGCUCCAACCAUCGUUUAA